AUGGCUAAAAAUAUUUAUAAAUUUGUAAAAAAAUUUCCUGAACUGAAAAAAAUUAUGGAAAAUGGAAGCCUCCCUAGUGAUAGUGUGGAGACUGGUAACUGUAGUUCAUUUAAGAAUGAAGAAUUUUCAACUUUAGGUUCAUACGUAGAAGAAAUAUGCAAAAAAGUGGAAAAUUAUCAACAAAAUGUAGCAGUAAACAGUACUUUUAGAAAUACAGAAUUCCCUUGCAUAUAUUUGUAUUAUUGGCUAUAUUUUUAUAAUCGUGAUACUAAAAAAUGUGUGAGUGAAUUUAUAAGUCUUUAUCAAAAUUUGAUCAAUUUCCUGGAUUUAAAUUAUUGCAACGAUUACUUCAAAAAUGUUUACACUACUAUUACAGAUGAUGAAAUGUCAAAGCUCAAAGUUCUGGAUGACAUGUACACUAAUCUUAAAAAUAUAGAGAAUAAUAGUAAUCCUCCUUGUAAAAAUAAAUGCAGUUGUGCUAAUGAAUGCGCUGAACUAUAUAUGAAAUACAAAGGUUCAUGUGAAUCCAAUAAUUACUCCGAUUUUUGUAAUGAGUUAAAAAAUGUUAGGCAUAAAUAUAAUGCACUAAAUACAAUUAAAAAUUGCGACGAAUUAACAUAUAAAAUAUUACCUUUGCUUCAAAAAAAUAAUAUAAGAAUUCCUAUUGUAAUUACAAUUCUUUUUGUCCCAUAUAAUUUAUGCUUUCAAAGAACAUUAAGAAGAAAACAAAAUAAGUGGAAUAAUAAAGAUGAAGAUUAUAAUAUAUUCCAAUCGUACAAAAAUGUGAAAAGUGGUACUAUGAAGAGUAGACACCAUAUUUUAUAUCAUAAAGUCUAA